AUGUCACAAACUUCGGAUCAUGAUCUUCAUUACAGUGAAGGAGAUACAAACGAGAGCAUCGAGAGAGAUAACUCCGAUGGUUCUCUACGCUGUCCACUCUUCGUACAGGAUACCACUGAUUUGAUCGAUGAAGAUGGGAAUACGUGGGUCGGUUGGGUUGAUGAUGAAGAAUGGGAGAAAGAACAGAUAGCCCGUCGAAAUGCUCUUCGGACCUCUCGCUUUGCUAGUUCGCUAGCCGCUCUCUUCGAGUCUUCCAAGGAUACUCCAAUAGUAACAGAUACUCUGGUUGCCAUGUCGUCUGAGACAGCGACCGCCGAUAUAGCUUCAGUGCCAUCGACUAGCAUUUUAACAUCUAUAAUUGUUCCUUUCACCGAGGAAAACUUUCCUUCACAAGCUGUAUUGGAUCCAGAGCCAGAUACUUUUAAUCCAGUGGCCUCUAGUGUUGAGGAACAUCCGCGUCCUUUGUCAGAGAUAUUUUUCUUUGGGGGCUAUAACUACAAUAUUGCGGUCGAGGACCAUCACUAUAAUCUUGAAGACGAGGAUGAAGAUGAUAAUGAUGAAGAGAGUGAUAGUGACGACGACAGCAACGACGACAGCGACAACCACAGCGAUGAUAGUCUCGAUAGUGAUACUGAGAAUGGGGACCAGGAUGAUAAUGGAGACGAGUGUAAUCUUCAUUCCGAGCCCGGAGAUAAUGAGGAAAGUCUAAACACGGACAAAGUCUUGAUCGGUAAAAUACUAUUCGCUAUCGGUGUUUGUGUGUGGUUGAUAGUUCCAGAAAAGUUAAAAGAUACAUUAAAAGCUCGUUAUGCUGAUUAUCUCGCUUCUGGAACUGGCAGUCCGAGCACGGUCGUUGAGCAGGAGGCUCAUUCAGAAGAGGACAAGAAUCAAAAUACCUCAGAGAAUGAUGCGGCUGUUCCUCAUGAUGGACAUGGUAUGGACUAUUUGGAUUAUCUGGAGUGUAUGGAGUCUCCGGACUAUAUAAAUUACCUAGAUUGUAUGGACUAUCCAGACUAUGUAAACUACCUGGAUUAUCUAGACGACGUGGAUGAUGAUUCAUUCCAGGAGUGGGAAGAGGGAAUCUCCAGUUUUGCUAAAACAGUAUUAGCUAAACUUCAGCCUCGGACAUUUCAUAUUCUAUUUGAAAUGAAUGCUCCUGGUCAGGACUUUUGCAGAUGUAGAAAGGCCCACAAGGGUCAUGGUAACGUUUUGGUUCUUCUACCUGUAGAUGAUGACGGAGAAGAUGGAGAAGAAGAUAAAGAUGACGAUGACGAUGAUGACGAUGACGACGAUGAUGAAGAUGGGGAUGAUAAAGAUGAAGAUGAUAAAGAUGAUGAUCAUGGGGAUGAUGAAGAAGAUGAUGGGGAUGAUGAAGACGAAGGAAGAGUAUCAUGGGUAGUAGAAAACUAUGAAGAUGACAACGAAGAUGCUGGUAGAGGCGAAGAAGAAUACAAAGACGACUACGACGAAGAAGCCGAAGAAGAAGAAGCAGAACAAGACCAAUCCCUCGCAGCCAGAUUCCACCGUAUCGUAAUCAAGGCAUGGGACUACCUAAUCGAAAAGCUCGGAUCGGAAUGGGCACUCGCGAACCGGAGCACCUGUUACCGCUACAUCAACAAAAUCUGGCGGCGAUGGGUCGUCCACGCGAGAAUUAACAGAGGAAGGGGAAAUAUCUGGGGAGUAGAGAUUCCGUAUCCGCGGGCGAGAGUUUUUGUUUUCAUUGAAAAAUGUCCGCGGGAUCUAAGGAUUUCUAAAUAUUCGUGGAGACGAUCUGGUGGGAGAUUUGAGGGUUUCAUCUUUUGUUUUAUAGAGGUUGAGAGAGAGUUUUUGGAUGAUUAUGUACUAUUGGGGGGGGUUUUUUUUUGCUUGUAUUUAUCAUCAUCUACUGUUCUUUCAAUCCGCAAGUUAGAACAUGAUAGGAUAGAAAAAGAACACGAAUCAUCAGAAGAUAUAAAAUAA